GCCUUGAGGACCGGCGGGGCGAACGAGAGAGAGAGAGUGAGAGUAAAAGAGAUUGUCUACCUCCACAGACUGAGUGACCAUGAAGGCCAGCUAUCUGCUCCUGCUCUCCAUGCCUGUCCUUCUACUUGCCCAGCGCUACGAUGAUUUUUACCCUGACCAGUUGAUCUCACUGGAGGACUAUGGCCCUGAUUAUGAGUUUCCUGAGACCCUCCCAGAGACUCAAGACUCCUCUCCACAGCAGCAGGUGCUCUUACAGAGGCCAUCUGGCCCCGCCCAGUCAGAAGCUGAGUUGCAAACUGAACCCACAGAACCCGGACCUCUCGAUUGUCGUGAGGAGCAGUACCCCUGCACCAGACUCUACUCCGUUCAUAAGCCCUGCAGGCAGUGCCUCAACACCCUCUGCUUCUACAGCUUACGCAGGGUGUACGUGGUGAACAAGGAGGUGUGCGUGCGGACAGUGUGCGCCCACGAGGAGCUGCUGCGAGCGGACAUGUGCCGUGACCAGUUCUCCCGGUGCGGCGUAGCGGCGCUCAGCGGCCAGUGCGGGGCGCUGGGGAGCAGCUGCGGGAAGAGCUGCGGAGGAUGCUGAAGGCGGGGGGGAGACAGGGAGGGAUGAGCCCAGAUACUGCCGGAUCUCCAGGUCCAGAACCCCACCCCCACCUCUCUCUCCACACCUCCCCUCGGGACCAAAGGCCUGUCUGCACCGUCUCUCCAUCCUUCUUCUCUCUCUUCUGUGUUUCCACAAGCCUCACCAUCUUACCCCGU